GUGUCACUUUCGAACAACUACAUCAAUCGACUCUAUCACUACCUACCGAGCACAAUGACUUCCGCGACGACAAUUACGAUACUGGACCAACCCGCCUCAUUGAAGCUCACGGCAAAUGAGUGGGCUAGUCUAAUUCGGAAUCAGCUGGAUCUGAUAGACUUAGACGGAGGACCCCAUCAGCAUGUGGAAAUACCCAUGUCCGCCACUAUCGAUGAGAAAAUCAUGGAAGCGCCCCGCCGGCGUGCCGCAAAUCGCGAUGCUGCUGCCCUUGCCAGAGAGGUUUCUCAGAUCUUAUACCCAUCCAAAGAAGAUCCAUUGGGCGCAUUAAUUCGAUAUGAAAAGGACAUCACUUUGCUCAGGCGCUUGGUUCUCACACAGCGCAAGCGAGUGAUCAGUGACGCCAUUGCUCGCAAAGAACUCUACGACUGGGGCAAGCGCAUGAUCAAACAGGGCCCUUGGGACCCUGAGAUGGAUCCUUGGUCGUUGAAUGGUGCCCCGUCCCUGCCUAUGCCUGUCAAAAUUGCAGACCAGACUACCCUGGAACCUUUUUUUGAGCAUCUUUCCCUUGGGGGGACCGAGGAGAAAGACUCAACCGUGCGGGCUAAACAUGAGGCCCUGGAAAUUGAAGAGCCAUACUACAACGUUAAAUCCCUAGAGUUUGAGAAAGGGGUGGUUUAUUCCGAUCGUCGUAUGGAUCUGUGCAAAAUGGUUCUUGGACCAACCCACAUCAAUCGUCUCAUUGACAGCUUGAAGACUAAUACAUUUGUAACCCAUUUCUUAUUGGGAAAUAAUAUCAUUGGUCCUCAAGGAGCACGCGCUAUCGCAGACUUCUGCAAGGAGUUUCCCGAUCGCAUGGAUACGUGGUAUCUUGCUGGGAAUUGCAUCGACACCGCCGGCUUUAAGUUGUUAGUUGAUGAGUGGACAAAGUCAACCUCGGUCACGAACAUAUGGCUCAAGCGAAAUCCGCUAUUGUCUGCUGCCGCAGACGAUGUAUUCAGACUGGUCACACAAACACCAAAUCUACGGACCUUGGAUCUCGAUCAAACCGAACUUGGUGAUGCUGGCAUUGCCGAGGUGUUCUCAAAACUUGCAGAGCAUGCCACCGAUAAACGGCUGCCUUUGCGACAUCUAUACAUCAACGCAGUGGGCGUCAGUGUCACUGCUGCCUCUGCUAUAGCUACAUUCCUCACUUCUCCCCAAUGUGCGUUGGAAUCUCUAUACAUGAGCAAUAAUCCUCUCGGCAACUCUGCAGCUAUUGCUCUCGCUUCCGGGUUGGAGAAAAAUAAAUCGCUCACGCGGUUGAUGAUUUCUUCGUGUGGUAUUAGCGAUGAUGGCGCAAUUGCCUUGUUCCAAGCGCUCACUGGUCAUCCCACCAUCUCUGUACUCGACCUGGGCCAACAAUACGGUACUCAAGAUCUUGACUCCAGGUACAAUUGGAUAACCGAUCGCUCCGCCCAGACACUUCAUGAUCUCGUCCUCUCCAGCCCACAGCUCUCCUACCUCAACCUCGACUUACAACCUCUCACCCACGUCGGCCUAAACAUAGUUCUGCUCGCAGUUCUUCAAUCUACAACUCUCCUCUGGUACGACGCCCGUACGAUUUGGCCACAAGAACGGCCUGCGAUUGCCAUUCGUGCCGGACAAGUACACAAAAAGAACCUGGCCCGCGUGCGUGAGCACCUCGCCGCUAACGUGAAACGUGUCUACGGCGGCAUUAGCUAUGACGAAUUUAGGGCCAAUCAGAAACGAUGGGUUGUUAGUGAUCAGACGGAUGUGCGAAAAAUCGACUCUGUGUAUCGGAAUCGUGAUGCGCAGAUGGCGCGGCGUGGGUUGAAGGUGUUGGACAAGUGGUGGGAGGAGGACGACGAAACAUUGCAGAAGGUUAUGGGUCGUGCGGUUGGGCCCGUGUGUUCUAUGAGAAAGGCUCGCGCUGCCGCUCGCGCAUGA